GCGUAUUUUGUGGUGUCGCGUUCGACCCAAGAUGGACAACGCUGCUGUGGGCGGUGGCUCGCUGCUGCCUGUUGUGGCGCAGUCCCACCAACCUGCUGACAGCCAGCGACAUGGAGCGACGUGGGCAGAGAUUGCAGCCCGUGGUGGCAGUGAUGGUGGUGAUGCGGGGGCAUCCUCGUCACUUCAACACAAUCGCAAGCACCCGCAACGGCAACACCAACCACAACAGCAGCAACAGCAGCAACAGCAGCAACGGCAGCGGCAUGGAGGUCCCACUGCGCAAGUGAACGCUGAUGCAGCAGAAGGAGUGGGCCAGCGGACCUGCGGCAGCGUCAACCGCAAGGGCGCAGCAAUGGCGUGGUUGUUCUUACACUUGCCAGCUGUCGUGGCUACUUGUGCAUUGGCUGCUUGUGCGAGUGAGCACCCUGCAUUUCGCAUCGCGCUGUGCGUUCCGCUGCUGGACGGGAUCAUUGGUGCUCUGGGCGGUGAGCGCGUGACCCUGCAUGCACAUCUCGAUCAGUGGUGCAUCGGCACAAGGUUGGCUGCUGUGCCGCAGUUCCUGCGCCAAGCAGGGACACAUGGCCCUGUGGCUGUAGCCAGAUCUGGGUGGCCGGCCUACAUGCGACCUUGCACAUGCAAUGCCAUUCUCGCCCUGCUGGCGCUGCUGGUGCACAGCGCGUGUGCGUCUUCCAUCGCCGCGCCGUGGCUGACGCAAGCCAGUGCCGCUGCCGUCCUUGCCUUGACCUCCAUUGUGGCGCAACAGCCGAGGCUGCUCGUUCAACUCGAGCAAGGCUAUGGCGUUGCUCCGUUGCAGCUCCUGCAAGUGGCGCCGCUUACAUGGCUUGCGUUUCUUGGCUUGAACGCGGCCUGUGCAGCCGUCCAUCAGCAUCCUUCUGCAACCGCGCCAGCACAGCCGGCGGGGCUGAUCUCGUUUUCAUUUACGAUUGCCCUCGUGUCCGUCCUCUUGCAGCGCCUCGCCUGCACCAACACCACAUCAGCCACGCUCCACACGCAAGCCGAUGAUGCUGCCGAUUCGUUCACAGGAGCAGCAGCAGCAACAACAGCAGCAGUCACAGUAGCAAAAGCAGCAACAGCAACACCAUCAGCAUCAGCAGUAGCAACAGGAAAAGCUGGUGGCACUCGUCGCAGACGCAACGCAAGGCAGCAGACCAGCAGCAACAGUGCUGGUGGUGAGGAUUCGGGUGGCAGCCACGCACGCAUGCGCAUCCACGGUCAGCGGCGCCAGCGGUUUGACAACUCCCCGUCGCAGCACCGUGCCGUGUUUACCGAUGACGGGCGUGAUCUGGAAGGCGCCUGGAUCGUGUGGGCGGAUGUUGCCUUCCACUUUGUGCUUGAGGCAGUGGCUGCAGUCACCGCUCUCCUCGAUACCACGCAGAUUGUCUCAGCGCCGGCAACGCUCGCGUUAUUUGCGCUGUGGACCGUGUGCGUGGCAGCAAGCAUGCUGGCCCUUGUUCCGGCACAGCACAUACACACGGCAGCCAGCCUCCUACACAUGCGUGAUCCCCCGACGUUGCUCGUCUUGAUCCGCUGGUGGUGGUGGCUGGGCACUUCGGCGCUUCUCGUAGCAGCCUGCACGGCACUGCCACAGCUUCUGUGCCACGUGAUCACGCAUCCACUCCGGGCUGUUGCAUUCGCGCUCGUUGUCGUCCCGCCCCUUAUCACAUGCACACGGCGAACCAGUGGUGGCGGUGGUGGGGAUGGAGGAUGCGGUGGCGACAGAGGUGCUGGCGGUGAUGGUGAUGAUGGUGCUGGCGAGGCUGAGGGGCCGAGUGUGAAGACAGGCCUCUUUGAUGACAAGAGCAUGCUGGCAGACGGGCCGUCGCUUCCUUUUGACCGGCACGACAUUGAAGCAGCGAACCCCUCGUCCUUGUACGCGCGGGUCGUGGCGUCCAUUCAUGGUGCAAGGCGCUGGGUCACACGCGUGCGCGUCUCCUUCAAGACAGCACUGCGGAAGUUUCGCGCACGUGCGUCCGCUGCCAUGGCAACGCUGUGCGUGCGUGUUGGCGUGCCUGCUGCAGCAGCCGCUCGCGGCAUCAACGUUGUUGUUGGCGGCCGUGGUGGUGCUGGUGGUGGUGGGAACAACGCCGCAGUGGCGCUGGUGCUGUACACGACGGCUGGUGCCGUGUGCACCGUGCACGACACGAUUGGAGGGUCGUUGCACGUGCUCUCAGUGGCGGCUUUGGUGUGCGUUGCCAUGUGCGCAGUGACAAUACUGCUAGUGACGUCUCGCCUUCCUACCGCCACCCCGAAUGCUGCAGCCGCGACGUGGAGGCGAAUGGUGGCGCAGACAACGCGCACAGUGACGGCAGUAGCUGUGCUCACGCUGUUCGUCUACAUUGGAACGAGCGCACAGGGUGGUCGCAGAGGCGACAGCGACACCAGCGGGCCUGCAACCGAAACAGCACAUCUUGCGUGGUCAGCACGCUUGUCUCUCAUCAUCGCGGCUGCCAACAUUCUUACCAUUUUCGGCCCUCUUGUGUCCGCGUCAUCAGCAUCAACGUCAACAGCGCCGGAGCCGGUGGUGGUCGCCGCGUUCGCGUGCCUGCAGGCAGCGUUGCUCGCUUAUGACCCCAGCAGCAGUGGGAGUGGCGCCGUCAUUGCCGCUGCCAUUCAUUGCAUGCACUGCACCGUGGUCAGCUUGGUCGUGGCUCCGUACCUACUCAUGGGCGGCAGUGGUGGCAAUGAUGGUAGUGAUGGUGGCAGCAGCAGGUCCAGCGAGAAGCUGAUGUCUAUCAAUGCCAUGCUCCCACACCACGCCGCGCUUCACUCUCUACUCGUUCCAACAUGGCUGCAACGCCACGAGGGUGCACGCAGACACGACGACCAGGGUGUGGCGGCAGCAGAAGCAGCUUGGCCAGAUGUUGCGGACCCAGCCACCUCUGCCUCCACCACAACGACAACAUUUGGUGCCACGAAGGCUGGCGCUAGGAGUGGGCUGCGUAAAGGUUUUCACAGGGCAUGGCGUGUGCUGAAGACGGGGUGGCUGCGAGUGCUUGUGGGACCGGAAGCUGUGGAGUUCACAGCUGCCAUUGUCCUGUGGCCCUUGAUGGACCGUCACACUGCCACACACAGCACCAACAGCAACAGUGACAACAGCAACAACAGCAGCAAUAGCGGCGGCGGCAUUGCCGUUACCAGGACUGCUGCUGCUGCUGCUGCUGCUGUGACUGGUGGGAGAGGAUGGGGUGAGGGUGCUGGAGGAAGCCAUGGAAGCGGCAACGGCGCGAAAGACGAUGUUGUUGUUGUUGUGCCAAUUGGCGAAACCAGCACCAAUGAAGGCGACAGUGGUGGCGGUGAUGGUGUCAGCACGACUGCAUUCUUCGGAAGUCGCUAUCGGCGCGUUGCGGUGUUGCUUGUGCACGCGUGUGCGGUGGGUGGCGCUCUUGCGUCGGUGUGUGCGCUGCAAUCGCCAAAACACGUUGUUCGUGUUUGGAUGGCCGUGGCGGCCGCUCUGUUUCCGCUUCACCUUCGCUCUUCCCUCCCGUCCUCUGCCCGGAAACGUGUCCCAUUGGUCCACAUUGCAGCGUCGGUGGCAGGGGUGCUGUUGCCCCACGUGGUGAUGAAGGGUCAGCCCUUCUGCUUCACAUCAGCACCAUGUUCAACUGCGAGCGCCGUAUUAAUUUCACUCGCUACAACAUCCAUGCAGCUGAUGGGCGCGCUGCCAAGCGUUGCAGACGUGCUGACGACACACGCGCUUCGGCUGCCGUUGUUUGAAGCAGCGCUGGCCAGGCUCACCGCGUGUUGCAUCAUGACUGCCAUAUUGUUGGAAACGUGGCCCCUUAUUCCGUUUCAUGUUGCGUCCAUCAUUCUCAAUGGCUGCUUCACCGCUCUUCUGCAAUCGGGUGUUGUCACCGCUGGUGCGUGCAUGUGCGCGCUGCUGUGGAUUGGAACCGCGGCGUUUGCACCACUGGCAUCUCAAGCACAACGUCUCGCCCAGAGUAUACUGGGCGUGGCGGUACUGUUGUACCCGCUAUUCAAAGCCGUGUACAUCGUCAUCGUCGUUGCAGCAGCGUUUUACGACGACGUGUUUCUCGACCUGUCUGACGCAUGGUGGCUGGCGGUGUCCCAUCGUGCGUAUGCGCUCAUGGCGCUGCCGUCGACGCUGCUCGCCCUCCGCCCUGAAUUGCAUGCGUGUGCACUCCACUUUGGGCUCGCCAGGCAACACACCUCCAGCAGAUACCAGGUGCAGAUGACAGAAGAGUGCUGUCAUGUGUUUAUGCGCAUCAAGAUGGACUACGUAUAUCAUCUCCCAGCGCUCUUCCUGCUCUAUGUCAUCUGUGACGAGAGACAACUCAGAGAGCUCUAUGCAUUGCUCUUGUGCUGGUACGCGUUUGCCACGUGGCGGCACGCGUCAGGGCUGUCACCGUGAACAGGGCAACAACAGCAACAGCAACACAACGACACCAACAGCAAACCAACAGCAAUCAAACAACAAUCAAACAGCAAUCAACACCAGCACAACAGGAAAUAGACGCCAGCACAACAGGAAACAGACGCACACACACACACACACACACACACCCACACACACCCACACACACCCACA